GCCUUCGGCUUCAAGGUCUUUGCUCUGGCUGCGAGCCUGCGAGCGGCCUGUCGGGCGGAAGCAGAGGAGUCUUCCCAGUGCGAGCCGCUGCGUACGUUGGAGAUGGUCCGCAAUGCCUGGGGAGCUUUCCAGGUGAAGAUGCAUGAGCUGGCACCCAGCAUGCGCUUGCCUGUGGAAGUUGCAAGCACAAUCCGGCGCUUUGUUUUGGAGGAGUCCGAGCUCAUCACCAGCCUCUCGCGCCGGCUCUGGACCACGGAGGCACUCGCAACUUGGCUCCGAAGCCCGUUGCAACUUGCAGCUUCACUGCUUGCCUUGGCCCAGAGCAUUGGCGAGCGGCGGCGAGUUCUCUUCUGGAGGAGCAACAUGAUGACGUCCGUCAUCGACUUUGCUUUGAGUCCAAUGGUGCACCUUCUUGCUCCCCGAAAUGAUUUCCUUCUCACUCGUCACGGCGCCUUGGAAGAGCUCCUGGGUGGCCCACCAGCAGAUGGCUUUACACUUGUUGAGGCGUUCAAAAUACCCAGAAGGAGGUGGGAAACACAGGUUGCCUGUGCCUUAUACAAUUGA